ACGGAGUCGAGUAACGUUAGAGCAGAGAGGAGGAAAGAAGAGAGAGAUGACACAGUACAGGAGUUGGAGUAGCACUGAGACUGCGAUGAAGUUGUGACCUGAAUGCGAAAGAAAGCUGAGUGAUAUGGAUAACAUGGAGCAGUGUGGACCAGUCACCAACAGAGGGCGGUGUUCUACAGCCCAUCGUCACAUGCUGGACCAACCAUCGGACUCCUCAUCGCCCCUUCACUCAGAGGACCUGUGAUACACUGACCUCUCCAUCCAGAAACCAAUGCAAUUGGACAUAUACAUAUAUAUAUAUAUCAAAUAUACACAAACAUACCAAGGAAAAUAGCUCAAACACACAGAUGAAUCUCCAUCCACGUACAUCAGUAUGGAUACAGCCACACCCAGAUGAAGCUUCUCUAAAGGAUUUAUCCACUAGUCCGGACUGAGUUGUUGUAGGGCAGGGGUUAGGGUUGGGACUGGGUGUAAGGGAGGGGUUAGGGUUGGGACUGGGACUCCAGUGAGGAUGCUGUCUAUGGUGAUACUCGGUGUUUUCCUGUCCCUGCUCAUCCUGCUGACAGUGUGUGGUAACGUCCUGGUUUGUCUGGCCGUCUGCGCCACACGACGUCUCCGCUGCCUCACCAACUGUUUCAUCGUCUCCCUCGCCAUCACUGACCUGCUGCUUGGCAUGCUUGUCCUGCCUUUCUCCGCCCUCCUCCAGCUCAGCGAUUGGCCUCUGGGGCCGACCAUCUGCAACAUCUACAUCUCAUUGGAUGUUAUGUUGUGCACCGCCUCCAUCCUCACGCUACUGGCCAUUAGCCUGGACCGCUACCUGGCCGUGACCGCGCCCCUUAGAUACUCCUCACUGGUGUUGCCGAGGCGAGUUGCCUUUGCUAUGGCGUUGGUGUGGGCGGUGUCGCUAGCAGUGUCAUUCCUGCCAAUCCACCUGGGAUGGAACACGGUGGACGGCAACGUGCAGAAUCGCGGCCAGGGGGACAACAUGACAGAGUGUAACUUUGAGCUGAACCCAUCGUACGCUGUCGUGGACUCCUCCUUAACCUUCUACCUCCCCCUGCUGAUCAUGUGCUGGACCUACCACCGUAUUCUUCGCAUCGCUCGGGCGCAGGCCAGGCGCAUCAUCCACGCGCGCCCCAGACUUAACAACAACAACAGCUCCUCGUCAGCCCCUCGUCAACUCACCUCAGUAACAGCGGUGGCUCUACGGGAACACAAAGCCACAGUGACUCUAGCAGCAGUGAUCGGGGUCUUCGUGGUGUGCUGGCUGCCCUACUUCACCCUGUUUACCAUUAUGGGUCUGAAGAAGCAGAACUACCCAGCAGCCUACCCCGUGGUGCAGUGGCUGGGGUACAUCAACUCAGCUCUGAACCCUUUGCUCUACGCUGCCCUAAACAGAGACUUUAGGUCCGCCUACGCCCGCCUGCUGCGCUGUGGUUACUACGGCUACGGCAGGGGGAGGGGCCGGCCACCAUACCCCAACACAUUCAUGACAGGUGGGGGGAAAGUAUGUGGAGGGGAGGUGGAUCUGCUGUGUGGACACACCUCUUCCUGCAGGGCGGGGCCAAGUGAGACAGGUAUGAUGCUACAGGAAGUCAGCAGAGGAACGGCCACGCCGUCUCCUCAGCACAGCAACGGGGCCGCUGUCGCCAACGGCAACGACAGAUCCUGCUGACCCUGCAUCUAACUGUGAGGAGGACUCAGUGUCCCACCAGUCAUGUACGCUGAGCCCAGCCAGCCUGACCCACACACCUAGCCCAGGGGUCAAUCACAUCACUGACAAGACACAGGGACUAUUUGGCCAUCUCCAGAAAGGAGAGCAGGCUACGAAUGUGAAGGAACUCAUCCAAAAUAUCACACGCAAUCCAGAACAAGGAUACAGAGGACUUCCAACCAAAAAUGUUUUAUCAGAGUCUAUUUCUAUCCCUUCAACCAAUGAGCAGUGACUGGGGAAAGCCACGAGUCACUUUGUUCUCGAACACUGAUACCUGGAAAGAAAUAUCACGGGAUGGACAGAGAGACAGAAAGACUAAAACUCUCUUCCCAGCUUGGUAGUGGACUCUAACCACUGCUGUUAGUCGUAUGAACCUGAGGGCUUCCAAUGUAGCAGAUACUUUGCCCCCAAUCAAUGGAAUAUGAUACCACAACCUGACAAGGAGACUAGACGCUUAGCAAUUAUUUAAUUUAUAUCAAAAUAAUCAGUCUUCUGAGAGAAAAAUAAAAAAACAUUAUUUGACAGUGUUUCAUCUUUAUGGGGAAUUGUAUGAUUGUGCAGCUACUGUAUAUGUGUGCUCUAUGAUGUUGUUAUACAUGUAUGUGUGUGUACAUGUACUGGACUAAAAUAUGUCCCAGAAAGUCUUGGAAUCCAAUAUUUGUAAUUUCUAACCAGAGUGCCAUCUCUGUUCUUGUAAGGUUGUGAAGGUAUAUCCCCUACAUCCAGGGAUGGUACUGAAUGGUGGGGGUGGAGUGGUGCAGUCAAUGGUAUUUACCACAGUAGUCAAGGAUUCUAAUAAUAGUAUAGCAUUUAUUUGCUUCGUGAGCUCUCUCAUGGUAGCCUAAUCAGAACCUUGUACAAAAAGGAUGAAAAAUAAAAGUAAAGUUCUUGAAAAAAAAGGAACAUAACUUGUUUUUUAGGACAAAUUAACAGAGGUUUUUAGUUUGUAAAGAAAUGUGGCAUAUUGCUGGUCUGCACACAUCAACAGCCAGUCGCUUAGGCCCAACCUGCCGGUGUGCUGGUACUAAUGGUUUCUCACAACUGAUGGCUUAUACGAUUGUGGCUAGAUGGAAGUGACUUUGCGCAGCAGGUUAUGAGAACUAACGCAGCAGGUUAGGAAAAUUAAAAUAGCAGGUUAGGAGAACUGGAAUAAGGUUAGGAAAAGCUCAAAUGCUACAGUUGUCCCCGACGCGACAACUCGAUGGAGUUGUACUCCAUCUACAGACAACCAUAAAAGCCAUCAGUUCCAAGAAACCAUCCGUGGCCUACCGCCACACCGGUCUGCACACAAUAACCUCCUGUCGCUUACAGAAGCAGCAUUGAGCUGGCACUGAAAUACCUUUAAGAAAUACACUGUUUAAGAAUUAGCGGGAAUGCUAGUAGGCUAGUGCUAACCUCAUAGCUAGGUCUACAGAGACAGCUAUACAGUAAGGAUAAUUUUACAUAGCAAACAUCUACCCAAAAUAAAAUAGACCAUUAUUGAUUAGGAUAAACUAAGUAAUAUUGAAAAUUCAACCAAAAUUACCCCCCCUCCCCCUCGCCCAGUCUGUAGAAAUAUACGAUAACUAAAACUAAAAUCAAUGUCAGGCCUACAAAACUCAAGGACAGAAACCGGGCGCUCUAUCAACCUUAAUGACUGUCCCAAGGAGGAGACUUGUGAGUGAGAUGUGUCUACAAACAUUCUGAUGAGGCAGAAAUUGUCUUGGAAUCUGAUAUUUGUCAUCUCAUUUCUAACCACAGCAGGCUACAAUCAGUGUUCUCCAUUUCCACAAUCCAUCCGUCGAGUCGACAAAGCACAUGAAUCAUGUCUAAAGAAUGCCUACUGAUAUAGAGGUAAGUGAGGGGAAUGGGCAGAUACGAGUGCCUGUUCUCAACUACAAUAUGGAGGUCAGUUUGGGUUUCAGGGCUUCAUUCAAUCAGAUCCGCUUUAGCCAACAUCCGCAUAGCCGUUGUUUUGGUGUGUCAAAGGUGGAACUGCUUUAGAGCUGUCAAAUCCACAAGUGGCUUCCGGCAUUACACCUAAAGUGACCAUUGCCAAUGUUCAUGGAGUUGCAUUAACAGAAAUCCCAUGCAGCCUUGUUUACAAGUUUCAACACCGGAACUUGAGUUGUAAGGUACACCUCAUUAGGAUUUGAGUAAGAGAUGGAUUGAAGCCUGGAUUCAAACCAGGGGCCGCUGCGCCACUCAGAAGUCUUAAAGAGGAGGGUAUAGUAUUUUUUACAUCUAGUCCAGGGGAGGGUUAUGUCAUUUGUAAAUGAUGAAAUGUUAAUAUGUCUCAGUUUUUUAGAAGGAGUUGCUGAUAAAGCUAUAUAUCGAUGUGUGUUUCUUGCCCAUGAUGUAGGAUUAUUUAUCAGCGUUAUUGACCUCACAAUAGAGUUUAACCGAUUAAUCGGAAUUGUCGAUUAAUUAGGGCCGAUUUCAAGUUUUCAUAACAAUC